GCGGGGCAAGCGGCUUUAUCGAGUUCAGAACAACAUCUCCAGAUAACAAAUGAAGCUUCAAGCAAUAAAAUUCUAUUCUUAAAUUCUAAAUAUCCACAACGCAAAAUGGCCGAUAAUAACUUGGUCGAUCGACUGGCCCUUAUCACGGGUGCAUCAGGAGGAAUAGGAUCAGCUUGUGCUCGUGCAUUUGCAACUGAAGGUGUUCAUCUCGCACUUACAUAUUCCACUUCCAAAGAUGCAAUUGAUAGACUCCUGGAUGAAUUACGCCAAACACCGUCAGGGAAAGAUCUUCGAAUCUCUAUUCACCAAGUGGAUAUGGGUUCCGCAGAACAAAUCUCAGGUCUCUUUGAUGAGAUCAAACGUGAUCAUGGGGGCCGCACAGUAGAUAUCUUAGUAUCAAAUGCUGGGUAUGGAAAGAGGAUUGUAGAUAUAUCAGAUAUCCCAUUGGAGGAAUUUGAAUACACUCUCAACAUCAACUUGAGAGCCUCGUUCUUAUUAGUUAAAGGUGUGGUAGAAGGAAUGAAGGCACAAAAGUGGGGGAGAAUUAUCUUUAUAUCGAGUAUAGCUGCUUAUGGAGCUGGGCUUAAUGGUUGCCAUUACGCUGCGUCAAAAGGUGGCCUCACGUCUAUGAUGAAGAAUCUAUCCCUUCACCUUGCCGAAUACAAAAUUACAGUCAAUGAUGUGGCACCGGCGAUGAUUGGUAACACAGGGAUGAUUCCAAAUGCUGAUGUUGCUCCUGGUUUACUUGAUGCAAUUCCACUACAUCGGUUGGGCACUCCGGAAGAAUGCUCGAAUGCAGUUAUGAUGUUUGCAAAGACUGGAUACGCUACUGGUCAGAGCUUGUUGCUUGCAGGGGGAUUAAAUCAUAAGUAGAUGGCCUUUGGCAAAAAUGUUAGGAGCUCGUUACAAUCCUAUCAUAAGAGGUGACAUAUGUGGAUAGGAUCGCAUUAAGAAUGGCACUGUCAAAUACCUAGAUUGAGCUCGCUAGACCCAUGAAAAGAUAAUAGCAAGAAAAUCGAUCUCCUUCCAACA